AUGAACAAGCUAGUUAAAUAUGGAUCUCUCUUUAUCUUGUUUAUGUGAGUUGGAAUUAUUUUCCUAUUUUUUGCUAGUCUAAACCAAAACAGCUUCAAGUUUAUUGUGCAAGAAAUUAAUUUUUAUCAAGAAAAUCCUGUGCCUAAAAUAUCUCUGUAUGAUGAUGAAAAAAUCAUUAAAAAUCUUGAUUUGGCAUGCAAACCUGAGUCAUUUGGAUACACUGAAAAAGAAACAGCUUUUAUAUUUCCAGAUAAAAAAUAUCCAAAAUGUUAUAGAAAUGAUACAGAUAUUAUGAUUGAUAUGAAUUUUGAUACAAAUUUGUUUACUAUGAAUUGUAGUGGAAAGUUUGUUCUUGGCACAUUUGAAGGUGGGGAAAGUUUACAAGAGCAAGUGUUUUCUAAUUUAGUUCAGGCUUAUUCUGAGCCAGUUUCACUAAAAUCAGAAGAAUGGGCAUUUGCGUCGUGUGAAAAUUUUAUUUUGGAUAAUUAUGAGCAUGUUAUAUACAAACUGAGAAAAAAUCAAAAAUCAUUAGAAAGAGCCAAAAACAGCUUAAAAGGAAAACCAAUAAAUAUCAUAAUGCUUGUAGUAGACUCUUUAUCAAGGAGAAAUUUUUUCAGAAAAUUACCAAAUACAGUUAAUUUUUUAAACAAAAAUUUAUCAAGUGAUUUUUCUAUUUUUGACUAUAAACUCCAUCAUAUUUUAGGCCAAAACUCAGAUACACAUUAUAUGCCGACGUUUUUUGGGGACAUUUUUUAUCAAUUUCAAUCGAAAAUGGCAAAGGAAGAUCCAUAUUAUGAUGAUUCUUUAUGAAAAUAUUUACAUGAAAGAGGAUUUGUAACGCUAUUUGGAAUGGACUAUUGUGGAGAUAUAUUAGCUAGUUUUUUAGGAAAAAAACCAAAAUUUGACCAUAUUAUGGGGAAGUUUUGGUGUGCGGCUAAUCAAAUGUAUGGCUAUUCCCAGAGUGCUACAAAAGAAAGGUGUAUUGGUAAUAAAAAUGCGCAUGAAUAUUUAUUGGACUAUUUUUUGCAGUUUUCUGAGGCUUAUAAAGAAGUUUCAAGGUUUUCUUAUAUACAUUUAAGCACUGCACAUGAAAGUACAGGGACUGUGAUUUCGACGCUUGAUGACGAUUUAGUAGGAUUUUUAAGAAAAUUUUUGGGUUUUAAAGAAGACUCUGUUUUGUUUUUAAUGGGAGAUCAUGGCAUGCGAUAUGGAAAUUGGCAUAAAACAAAAAAUGGAGCCCAAGAGCAUAAGCUUCCUUUGUUCCUUAUAAUUCCUUCUAAUUCUGUUUUAGCUCAAAUCCCUGAAAGCUCUUCUAUUUUGAAGCAGAAUUCGAAUAGACUUAUAAGCAAGUUUGAUUUCCAUACAACUUUAUUAAAUUUGGGAAAUUUUCCUAAUGAGGAUAAAGAGGAAAUUAAAUUGAAAACUUCUAAAAGAUAUAGAACUUAUAACUUAUUUUCUGAUAUAAUUCCAACUGAUAGGAAAUGCGAAGACAUUGGGAUCUCAAAUCAUUGGUGUGGAUGCCCUCAUUAUGAAGCCAUUCCUACAGACAACACAAUGGUUAAAAGCCUUACAAUGCUAAUCAUCAGGAACUUGAACCUUGAAAACUUAUUUAAAAAAUCAUAUAAAAUCUGCAAAGAAAUGAGCAUUAAAGAUAUUAUUUAUAUAGGCAAAAUAGAAGCUAAAGAUUACUAUAGCUUAAAAGUAAUAUUCACUAUAAAAGAAAGUGAGACUGCAAUUUUUGAAAUUUUAUUAGAGCUUUCAUAUACUUUUUAUGAUAAAUAGAAUAAGGCCAGGCUAUAAUUAUUAAUUGCCUUAAUUUAUUAUAAAAAAAAUACCAAGAGUUACCAAAAAGAGAAAAUGAAUUUUUUGAGUCAAAAAAUGCAAAGUAUGAAAAUUUCAAGUUUUAUAAAAUAAAAUACAUCCAAAGGCUAGAUGAUUAUAUAGAUGGAUGCGCUGAGCUGGUUUUGCUGAGAGGUUUGGAUCCGCUCUACUGCAUUUGUGAAAAUGAUUAA